AUGGAGUCUGACAAUUCAGUUGAUGGUGACUUUGAAACAGAUUAUGAAAAUAGUGAAAAAUUACCAGAAAAUUCUACAAAUAGGAAAUGUGAACUGAAAGAAGGAUGUGAAUUUCAGAGUGAUGAAGAAACUGAUCAUUCAUCGGAUGAGUCUGAUUCAAUUGAAUUAGAUGCACCAAAAAAUGAUCAUAAUUUAACAUUACAAACAAAUGAUGGAUAUAUUUCUGGCAGUAUUUGUAAAAAUGAAUUGCAUGAAUUACCUUCUGAACAUCCAAAACACCCUCUUAAAUGUAGAAAGACAAUAGACACAGAGAGUAGAAACAAUGAAAGCUACAAUGACAAAUCUAAUCAUAGUGUGACAAGUGUUUUGGAAGAAGAAUUGGAAGUUCAAAUACAGAAAAAGGAUGAUACUCUUGAUAUUCCUGGCCAUAGUGAUGAUUUAUCUUGUGUGUCUGAUGUAGAAAGUAACGAUGGUCAGAGUAGCAUAGAUAUGUUGCAUAAUGACAGAAACAAAGACAGUGGCAAUAGUGAAAACAUUGUUAGUAUUGGUAUUAGAAAAGUGAGUGAACCUGUUGAAGAAAUGGAACAGUUAGAUUUUGAAGCAGAAGAAGUACAAGAUAAAGAGGAAAAAGAAGAAGGUGAAUGUGAAAUUAGGGAUGAAAAAAGUGAUGAAGGUGAGCUUGAAGGUGAUGGUUUAGAAGAAGGUGAACUCACAGAUGAAGAAGAAAAUAGGCCUGAAGAAACUGAACCUAGACCUAUAUGUCGUUUUUACAGUAGAGGCCAGUGUACAUGGGGGUCAAGCUGUAGAUUUGUGCAUCCAGGAGUGACUGAUAAGGGCAAUUACACUAUGUUUGAUGUAGUGAGACCUCUUUUGCCGGUUAAUGGACAUCCUGUUUAUCAACCAGCAGAUUACCGGGUACCAUAUGAAAAACUUCCUAGCAUGGCCAUGCAGUAUCACUCACCUGUGAAAGAAGAACCAUUAAUUUUUGAAUCAGCUUGGGAAAGAGGACUUCGACAAGCAAAAGAAAUGAUGAGAAAAUCAAAUCAGAGGAAAGAAACCGAUAUGGAUUUUGAAGAGAAGAAAAUGAACUUGAGUCUUGGUCAAGAAGAACUUGACAAAGAAAAUGAUUAUUAUAUUAGGUCUGCUAGCCCUGUGUAUAAAGAGGAUGAACGAUGGAAUGUUGAUAUUGAUCCAUAUAGUUACAGGGAUGAAAUGCUCACAAUGGAACAUUAUGAUGAUAUUUCUGAUUUGUAUUACCAUCGAUCUAGAGGGUCAGGGCGUGACUACUGGAGACGUGUUCAUUAUGAAACUGAACCCACUCGCACAAUUCGGUUAGAAUCAGAAUAUGUUAGCUUCAGACGGGAAAGAACAAGUAGUAAAUAUCAUGGUCAUCAUCAGCAUAGACAGGCUUCUCAAGAAUUCUAUGAAAAGUAUGAGAAAAAGUCAACUCGUCAAAAAUCACACUCGACCAGAAUUGUUACAAUGGAACAAAGUGAUAAACAUCGUAAAGAGGAAAGAUAUGGAGAAUCUUCACUUCAAAGUCGUCGGGGUGAUGAAUGGGCUGAUCCAUGGAUGCGUUCAAAAUCUCCUGUAACCAGGAAAAGCGGAGGUCAUGUGUCCCGUCGUCGAUCACAUUCAUCUGGUUCUCCACAUUCAUCAACUGGCAAUAGUAGAAGUUCAAGUCAGUCAAGUCACCAUUCUGUCAGUCAUAGUCGCUCUAGAAUGCAGUCCAAAAAGAGUUCGGUUUCAUUGUCAGCUUCUCAUAAUGUUUCCUCUCAUACACAUAGAAAUCCUAGGAAAGUCCUUCUUCCCACACCAAGGUCCACUGAAAUAAACUCACCUUUAAAUGUAUCCUCCCAGAAAUCAUCAAAGCAUGUUGGAGAACUGAGAGAUUUUGGAAGGAAUAAAUCUGUCUCCUCGAGUUUCAUUCAGUUAGAGAAGAAGGCAGCAAAUGAAAGAGCCUUAUUGAUGAAUCCUCCAGCACCAUCACCACAAAGACAAAAGGAAGUUCAACCACAUUCUCCUGCAAUGAUGAGAAGAUCUGCACAAAAUCCUCCUCCUCCAGUGUCUCCUGCAAGAUCUAAUUCAUCUGUGUCGUCUUCAGGAUCAGAUUCUAGUGGAUCCAGUAGUGAUUCAUCAGAAUCCAGUUGUUCAUCAUCAUCAAGCAGUCGAGAACCUUCCCCAAAAGUUGUUUACCCUCCAAAGAGGUUAAUCAUGGAAGAAAGGGGCAGAUUAGCAUUGGCAGCAGAAACUUUAAAAGUCAAAGCCAUGGAUGCUUUGAAACUUUCGGGGCAGAAACAGCAAAUCAAAUUAACUCUAAAAACUAGUUCAAGUGUUCAAAAUAAAACUAGAAUAGAGUCUGGGUUGCCUGAUUUACCUCAGUUAAAUCUAGUUAGAAAAGACAGAGUUUUGCCUGUACUUGUUGGGAGAAAAAGACCUGCUGAAAAUCCUGUAUGUAUUGAAGCAGGUAUACCAUCCAAAAUGGCAUCUCUCCCUAAACCUGCCCAGAAAACAGUCACGUCAAGAAGAGAGGAAUUACUUAAACAAUUAAAGGCUGUUGAAGAUGCUAUAGCUAGGAAAAGAUCCAAAAUAUGA